AUCACAGCACCCAUCACCACUCCUCCCCCAAUCCCACUCGCGCAGCAGCUCCAAGAGGAUCGUCAGCCAUGUCCGGGCGCGGCAAGGGAGGCAAGGGGCUCGGCAAGGGAGGCGCCAAGCGCCACCGGAAGGUGCUGCGCGACAACAUCCAGGGCAUCACCAAGCCGGCGAUCCGGCGCCUGGCGAGGAGGGGCGGCGUGAAGCGCAUCUCGGGGCUCAUCUACGAGGAGACCCGCGGCGUGCUCAAGAUCUUCCUCGAGAACGUCAUCCGCGACGCCGUCACCUACACGGAGCACGCCCGCCGCAAGACCGUCACCGCCAUGGACGUCGUCUACGCCCUCAAGCGCCAGGGCCGCACCCUCUACGGCUUCGGCGGCGAAACGCACAGACAGCGCGGCAACGCGCAGAAAAGGUUUCGAGCUGGCGCCCCACGGAACCAAAAUUUUCAGGCGCACCCCCGCCAAGCCUCCCGCCACGUCACGGAUCCGCGGCAUCCAUACCCGGAUCGCGGUCUCGGCCUUCCCAAUUCCGUGGUCACGCAUCGCCUUCCUCCCGCCCCUUUUAACCCCCCUCCCCGCUUCCCCCAAAUCGCAGCACCACACCCACAAGCCACCACCGCGCCUCGACCUCCAUCCGCUCUCUCAGCUCGAACCAAGGCGAGUUCGUCGGCGACCAUGUCCGGGCGCGGCAAGGGAGGCAAGGGGCUGGGCAAGGGCGGCGCCAAGCGGCACAGGAAGGUGCUGCGCGACAACAUCCAGGGCAUCACCAAGCCGGCGAUCCGGCGCCUGGCUCGGAGGGGCGGCGUGAAGCGCAUCUCGGGGCUCAUCUACGAGGAGACCCGCGGCGUGCUCAAGAUCUUCCUCGAGAACGUCAUCCGCGACGCCGUCACCUACACGGAGCACGCCCGCCGCAAGACCGUCACCGCCAUGGACGUCGUCUACGCGCUCAAGCGCCAGGGCCGCACCCUCUACGGCUUCGGCGGAUAGGCGCCCCCCUUCGUCAGCAACUCUGCCCCGCUGUGGCCGCAGACGGGAGAAGUCUGCCAUGUCUUAUGUUCAGUAGCUGUAGCCGGAACAAUGUCACCUGUUCUCCCAUCUGUCUAUCGCAGAAUCUCUCUAGUUACCUUGUAGCUCCAUGAGCCCAGUCGUGAAAUCGAAUAUAUCGUCUUACCGUGCAAA